AUGCUUGAUUUCCCUCGCUUCUCACUGUUUUUGUUUUUGUUGUUUUCUUCGUUUUUGUUCUCCUCUUUUGUUCAUGCCGCUACCGUAUUCUCAUCUUCGUUGAAGACAUGUCAGAGUCAGUGUGAAGAGCGGAAUUUGGCUUACCCACUUGAUUCGGGUGAAGUUCAUUGGACGGGUCUUGCAGAAUUUAAUUACACAACUAGGAUCUCAUCAUGUAAACAUGGAUGUGAAGAUGUAGAUGAAAGAGAGUCAAAAUGUAAUGUAAAAUGUGCCGAAGAAGGCAUCGUCACCAACUCUUGCAAACAAGGAUGUCGAGCAGUUCUUGUAUCUUUUCUAGCUCAAGCUCAAGCUCUCCUUAUCCAAACUCGUGUAAAUAUGGAAGUCCUCGAAACCGCGAUGAAACUGAAAUGGGAGUUUCCUGAAACACUAGCAGAGGAGCUAAAAGAAAUCGCGAAUGCUGACAUCUUCUGGUUCUCACAAACCCGUCCACUAAACGGGAUUCUGGGUUGGAGAUGGACUUCACUUCCUCAGAGCUCUUUCAGAAAUUCUUCUCUAGUUUCGGAAGUUCAUGUUCCCUUUGAGCAUGGGGAGCAUGUGGAAGUACGGUUGGCACUUUCUUAUAGGAAUCAAGUUUUGGUUUCUCGAACUACCACUUAUCACUUACCACUUUCAAAAGCUGGAACUACGUUGGAAGUUAUUGGACAGUUGCAACUUUCUGAUGAUCGAGUUGCAGUUUGUUAUAGGACAAAUCAACCGACACCAAAAUUCAAACUAACAGUUAUGACCAUGGACGACAAUACCAUAAACACCGAAGAGUCAAUAUCAAGAUGUCAUUUAUUCUCAAAUCUUCCUAGAGAUAAUUGCUGUAAAGCUUCUAUAUCUGCCAUUGAUGAGCAUGGAGCGACUACGGCGUUUGUGGAAAUCAAGUUGGAUUUCUUUGUCAAUCAAGUUGAAAUCGAACUUGUGUCUGCCGCAUCAUCUUCCCGAAUUAUCUUUUCAAAUGGAACUCACCUGCUAGAAAACGAGGAGCUAGCUCAGUAUGCGCUUGGUGAUUCGGCAACUGUUAUUCCCUUCCCAUUGCCUACAGAUGACACUAUUACAGCGAUUGCCGGUAUAACUGACACUAUUAUUGCAAUCGGGAGCUCGAAAGGAUCAUUAUGGACGUUCCAGAUGUCUGCCAAUCAGACAGACGAAGAUCAACCAUCGUCUGUGAUUCAGCUGAAAACUGUUGGAGAAAUGGAUACAAAAAUCACGCAAAUAGAAAUAGAUCACAUUCAAAGGACAUUGUAUGCUGUUCAACAUGAUAAAGGAAUCUUGAGGUGCAAGUUGAGAACGAUGGAGUCAGAAGAGAGCCCGACUUGUGUAUUAAUUGUCAAUAAUGAUGCACUGAAUCCACCGAAAGAGAUUACACUGGAUCCCGUUAACGGACACAUCUAUUCCCUUAACGUGGAUAACAAAGUCUACCGUACCGAGAUGAUCGCCUUUAACGCAACAGGAAUUGAAACUGUAGCUAGUCUUCAAUACCUCAAAGAUAUGUCUCCUUCGAAUGGAAUAUUUUUCGACGUCUCCAAAUUUUUGCUAUACUCGGCUCUUCAGAAUGGAUCCAUGAUGACCCUGAAUCCUGUAACCGAUCAAGCUCACAUAUUCAAAGAUUCCGGAUACACAGAUGUUCAGAAUUUUAGAAUAAAAAGUGAUUUAAUCUACUGGAUGAAAAAGAAAUGUGGAAAAACGGACGCCGAUGAGAAUUGCAUUUUUACGGAAAACCUACAACGAUCAGAGGAAGACAUACCAAACAAAUUCACCUACUCGAGUGCGCUCAUGUCCUACAGCUUCUUGGAAGAGAUUCUGCUGAAACCAAGAAUCGUCGCUGUGAGUUCGAUUGCACUUUUGACAUCUGACAAGACUGGUAGAGUUUCAUGGGAUGAAGCGAAUACAUUACCGUUCCAAGCGCAAGGAAGCUCAUGGAGGAACUUCACAUAUUUUUUGAAAAUCACUGCUCCAGACAUCACAGAUUUUGAAGCAGUAGAGAUGUACACAUCGAGUACGGAUGUGAAAAUCGAUGUGACACCAGGAAAUCAGUAUAAUGCUCAAGUUCAAGUAUGUAGCGAUGACUUCUGCUCAACACCAAGCUCAACAUCUAACACAGCGCUUCCAGAUCUUGGUGGAGGAGUCCCAUUUGUGUUCACCAAGAAAAAAGCAGAUGAUAUUAUCAGCAUUGAUAUGCUUGGCAAUUUAGUGAUAACUGAUGAUUCCGUGAAAGCUGUAGAGCGCAUGCAAAACCCUCAUGUUUUGGAUAACACCACCAAAACUGUGUAUCUGGCUGGAGAUCAUUCGAUGGGAAUUUUCAAAAAAGAUCUGGAUGACGCUACAGGAUCUCCGAAGCCAUUCAAGGAUGGUUUGUUCGUUGAGAUGAUGUCCAUAAUGCCUUCGAGAUCCAUGAUAUUGAUAGCUUCGUCCUACAAAAUCACAUCGUAUCGACUACCAACAACUUUUGAUUUUGAGUACUAUUCUUGCGAAGAGCCUCUUGAAGACUGUGCAGAAGUAAUGGGAAUAUCUAGUGAUGAUUCAACAGGAAUGGUUUACUUUUUAACGCAGUCGAGGAAUGGAACAGUGAUUCUAUGGGAGUCGGAUCCGGAGAAUAGGGCUCCAAGAGAUAUCGCAACAGCUCCAUCGAUAGUUCCAUUCCGUCGAUUCCUGAUCAUCCAUGAUAAAAUGAUCCUUGUCACCAAAAACAACCACAUUGUACAAACCGACAAAUCUUUGAAAGUGGUGAAUGUAGCAACAGAAUUGGAACGAGUUGAUAGGAUUCUUCCAUUACGAUACGCAGCGAUCUCUCACAAGAUCGAAUUCACCGAUGAGAUUAAAUUCAUGGAGGGAAGCAAGACUGAUCUUCAAUGGACGUUAUCUCCACCUCUGGAAGCGGGGACUGUGAUUUUUAAAGUCUCGUUUUUCCGUGAAAAAAUGGGUGGACAGGAUGCACCGAUCACUACAAUCCAAAGUGACACAAACUUCACAAUACCUCCAGAAGUUUUAAAGGAAUGGAGCUCAGCUCAACGAUUCGAUGUAUCGAUCCAAGCAAUCACGCCAUGGGCUACUGCAGUUUUGAAUAGAACAGGCUUAACCGCUCCAGUGAAACCACCAACUCCUCCAACCCAAUUAAAAAUAUUUGCCACCCAACAGAAGACUGUGGAUGGUCCAAGAGCACUGAUCAGUUUCUUCUGGGGACCACCGUUGGAAUGGAAUGGAACACCUUAUCAGUACAUCGUUAAUUGUACGAAAGACGACGGAAAGGUUAUCACAAUUGAUAGUUCAGAAUUGAAGCCUCUGGUCAAAUUGUUCGCGAUUGACUCUACCAACUCGUUGAUCAUAAUAAACGACCUGGCUCACGAAGAACCGAGAAGAGAGACUAGACAAGUCACACAACCAGUGAAGCUGGACUACCAAGCAAUGGCGUUCAUCGGAGAAGAUCUGUAUACAGUCAGGAAGGAAGGAGAAUCGGCCCAACCAUUUUUAGUUCAAAUUGAUACCAAUCAUAUUGACAAUACUGUUCAUAAGGUCUCAAUUGGCGGCGACGUCACCAGAAUCGACGCCAUGACUUCCGACUGGGUUGGAAACCGGUUGAUCUUUGUGGCUGGCACAAACCUCUAUCAGUUGUCUCUGGAACCAUUCCUCUCUACAUCUCUUCUAAAUCCUCACAAGCUUAUUACCUUGUCUGCAGCCACUGAUGCGAAGCAGCUAGCUUAUGAUCCGUUUAUGAACACUGCCUAUCUUCUGACCAAAAACGGAUCUCUAUUUGCCCUUGACAUGAACAAGAACACCGAAGCCAAUCUUGCCUUAACAGUUCCAUGCUUGGCUAGUCAAACUGUCACCUGGAUGAUGACUGAAUUCGCCUGGAACCGCGCAUCUUCCCCUAAAAUAUACGCUCUUACCUGGAAUGGGUUAAUCAAUGUGGACCUGGCUGAAGACUUCCAAUGUAACGAAGUGAGGAUCGAUUGGUCGAAAUUUGGGGAGAAGGGGCUCAAAGCUAUCUCUUCAUUCGCUAUCGCUGACAAACUAUUCGCUUUCGUUACAUCCUCCGAAAUGUUGAUUUAUGGAAGGGAUACAGUAACCCCAAUCACUAUCGCGAAUCCACCGCUGAAGCAGAUUCUAGCAGUUAGCCAGAGUAGCCAACCCUAUCCUGAAAGAUCCUGCUUCGAACUUCCUUCUUCCAAAGGAAUCGUAUUUUCAAUUGUGAACGAAGGAAAAACCGGAGCCCUUCUGGAAGUCACAAAAAGCUCUUCUUCGUCUGCUUGCCUAGAUGUCAGUAUGCCUCAAACCCAAUAUGAAAUAUAUUUCACUAGAAAGAAUACCGACAAAGUGAAACAUGUGAGAAGCUUCUCGGAUCGAAUCCACGUGGAGAAUGGGAUACUCGACAAGGAAACGGACUACGAUGUCACUGUUACAUGGCUGAAUAGAUAUUCUCCUGCCAGUGGCGUUUCUUCUUCAAGAUCUUUUCGAACUGGAUUCGGAUACCCAUCGGCUCCUCGUGAUCCUCAUGCUAUCCCAGUCACUCCGGAUACAGUAUACCUUUACUGGAGUUUACCGGAGACACUUAACGCUCCAAUUUCGGAAAUUAAAUAUAAGAUUUCUCAGCAAGCCGCAGGGAUUUCUGUACCCACUUCCAUUGCAGUCAUUCCGCUUUCUGAAACAGUCUCCUCGAAUAUUUCAUCAGAUACAACUGCUUGUUUAAUCAACCCAUGUCGUGUGAAAAUCGCCAAUCUCCGUCCAUCAAAUGAAUACAAAUUCUGGGUCACAGCUACUCACAUCUCUCACUUGGAUGCUGCCACAAUUCUUAAAGAUGAUGACGCAGUUUCUUCAGAAGCUGUCGCGAGAACUCUAGAUGUACCAGGAACUUUGCGCCCUGAUAAUGUCACUGGAUCAUCCCUACUUCUUCGAUGGAAUGGGUUGGAGCCGGAGCAUCGACCUACCUCGAUUGCUAUUCAAUAUCGAGAGUCAGGGGGUGCCAAUAAUGAAUGGCAGUCUCCAACGAAUGCAUCAUUUGAACCUGAUGUGGCAACUGAACUUGUUCCUGUUACCAACCUUCUUUCUGCCACAACUUACGAUUAUCGAUUCGUGGCAACAUACACAGGAACAUAUACCAUAGAUGGAAAAGUGCUAGCUUUCAAAGAAGAUUAUCUACAGCUCAUUCAGCAAGCUCGAACCAAAGCAGGAGUGCCAACAGCUCCACAGUCUGUUGAGGCAAAGAUUGAUACGGAGGGAUGGAUUGUGACGUGGAAGGAGCCCAUGAGUGAUGGUGGAUCCCCAAUUACCAGUUACGCCGUCGAGACCCGAAUCAAUAAAACUGCAGAGUGGGAGAUCGCUGAGCGUGGAUUGGAUGGAUGGAAGACGUGGUGGAGGCCAGGAAAAUCAGAGACGUCGUCUUCGAUGUCGUAUUCUUCAGAAGUCUCGGAAUUCAGAAUCCGUGCAGCCAAUAUUGAGGGAUUCGGAGCAUACGCUUAUACAGAGGAGAAGAAGGAGGAGAAGGAAGAAGAGAAGGGAGGAAUUUUACCAUAUUUUUUGGGAAUCUCCAUAAUUCUACUGCUAGCUGCUAUGAUUUUAGUUGGCUGUUUUUGGUUGAAAUCUCGACGUCGUCAACAAAUGAAGAAGCGUGAAGCUGAAGACGAACGAAACUGUAUCCGGCUUGAUGUAGUUGCCAAUAUGAACUUCACCAAUAGUCGACAAACUUUGUCUCCAGAAUAUGAAAGUGAAAUUCGAAACCUUCCUAUUGUUGACUAUAACGAUGUUGAAAUAGUAAGGCAUAUUAGUGACUGUUCCUAUGGAUCUGUACAUGAAGGAAUCGCAGAAGAAGUGCCGUUGAGUUGGGAGAAACAGGUCAAAGUUGCAGUCAAACAAUUGAGACCGAAAAGUGCAAAUCAUGAUUUCGACAGAAUGAUGUUCAUGAAGGAAGCGAUUCUGUUGAACAAUCUGGACCAUAACAUUGUAAAAGAGCUUGGUGUAUGUGUUUCACCCGGACAAGGACUCAUUUUGCUGGAAUACAUGGAAGGAGGAAAUCUGUUGAAUUUCUUAAGAGAAUCAGCACCCAGCGAAAUGCAAGCCUCUGAACUUUCCACAAGAGAUCUUCUCGCUAUCUCUGUUGACAUUGCACGCGGAAUGAAUUAUCUAGAGAGACUUCCCCAUGUUCAUAAAAACCUCUCUGCUAGAAAAUGCUUGCUGUCUGGACGACCCGGAGUGGCAAAACUGGAAAUGGGAAUGCCCCGAGCAUUAAGUAAAGGAGAAAUCAAUCGGGUUGACUUGGAAAGCAUGCAAAGUGUCAAAUGGAUGGCUCCAGAAGUUUUCAAAGACUUGAUGUUCACAUCAAAAAGCGAUGUAUGGGCGUAUGGAGUUCUCUUGUAUGAGAUUUUCUCGUUUGGAGAGGAACCAUAUGGCAGCAUGGAUUCGAGAAGAGUGAUUACAGAUGUUAGGGAUGGUAACCUAACACUUCCAGUUCCACCAUAUUGUCCAUCGAAAAAAAUAUGUAAAGUCAUGAAAAUGUGUCUUAUUAGUGAUCCAAACAAAAGAGCGAGUUUCGCAACAAUAUUGAAAAUUUUCGAAACAUGUCGAGAUGAUCAACAAAGCCAGGAUGAUAAGCGAAUCCAUUUCAAUGAAGGAUCGGAUAACAUAAACUUCAAUGCAUCCCAAGACAGUACUUCCAGUCGAGAACCUCCGUCUCCAUCUCAUAGAAUUCGAGAAUUCACUCAAAUUAGUGGAGAUCUCGAACCUCCAUCUCCUUCUCCAUUGAAUCAGAGUUUCGGCGGUUUUGAGCAUCCAUAUGAAGGAGACCGUCCAGCGACAAUGUGGAAUGCUAGCGGAGCACGAAACUCGGCGAAAAACAGUAUUGGAAGGUCCAUGAAAAAAGAUAAGUUCAGAAAUCCAAUUCACUCGAUGGACGACCUGGUUGCGAGAAGUCAACGACCAUUGAGUAUUCAUUCAGAAGAUACAGAAUCCACAGAUUUUGGUGGAGCAACGUCAUCCAUGCAUUCACCGAGCAGUUCGAAUCGAACCAAUCAUUAUGAACUCCCAAUGAGCCGAUUGAGUGCAGCACCACCCAUUGGAAUAGUGAAUAACGCCUUCGAGAGCAGUAACAACUCCCUAAAUAUGAGUAGAAGUUGGACAGGUCUCGCCGGAGAGGUGAACCCGAAUCCGGCGGGUGCUUCUUCAAGUGGAACUCUUCCCCACCAUGCAAACUCCAUGGUUCAUCUCAGAGCUCCAACUGGUCAACCACCGACUAGGGUGAAUCGUAAUAGUUCGGGUGGUACGUGUCGAAGUGUCAGUCAGGUUUAA